ACAUGUUUGAAAAAAGAAUUAGGUGGUGGUUCCUAUAUUACUAAUCCAAACAUGUGGACUUGCUCAUGCCCGGCUUACCUUUGCAGUCGUUUUCUUCUCAGCAAACAUCUGGUACAAUCCGUGCGACUAUUAAACCCAAACUUUUUUAAUGAAGUUAAACAUCAUAGAUCCCCACCUUUCUGGAGACAUAAUGAUCUAAUUCUAUUAACACGAGGCUUAGAGCCAGUCGAGGAUGAUGAACUUGAGAAAGAAGAUGAGGUGGUGGAUGAGGAUGAACUUAAUGUACAAGAAAUUGAUAAAGAAUUUGCAGAAGCAUUACAAGAAUAUGAAGAAGGUGAAAAUAAUAUGAAUGAUAAUGUAAUUGUUGAAGAAUCUAAUGAGACAUGGGAAGAGGUUAAUGGCCGUGUUAAAGAAAAUCUUCAAAAAUGGAUUGAUCUAUUAAAAAGUCAAGAGCUAUACAAAGAUACCCAAUUUUUGUUAGCGGCGGAAGAUGCAAUGUCUGGAAUAGAAAAGAUGUUAAAAAAGUGUGAAACAUUAAGAAAUAGAAGAACAUUGCCAAAGACAUGGAAAGACUGUGAUAAAUACACAAUGUUUUAUAAAAUUGCAUAA